AUGUUGGUUCUUCUGUGUGUCUCAGCCUUGCUCGUGGAAGCUUGUUCGAGCUCCAUGAUUGACCACCUCACCACUUUCUCGUUCCCAUCGUUUAGCCCUGAAAGUUGCAGCAACGGAGAGUUGCUGUGUAUGGGCUCGGCGGCAUCAGGUGAGGGGUCUGUGAGGCUGACUUCUGAGCCAUGGAUCAAUUCGAGUUCGGCGUCUAAUUCUUCAGCGACGAACAGGAUUGGAAGGGUAUUGUACCGUGAAAAGGUUAGAGCUUGGCCGGCGUUGAUCAGCACCUCGUUCACAAUGAGGAUCACUCCGAUGGAUAAUUCAAGCACAUCCGGUGAUGGACUUGCUUUCGUUUUUGCCAAAGAUCGUAACCCCUCGCCACCUGCUAGCUACGGCUCCUAUAUGGGCUUAUUCGAUGACUCUACUCAAGGUGAACUUUUGCAACAAAUGGCUGUGGCGUUUGACACAUUCAAGAACGAAUUUGAUCAAGAUGGAAACCACAUUGGGAUAAUCACAGAAAGCAUCAUAAGUCCAGUUGAUACGGUGAGCCUAAAUAGCUAUGGAUUUACCCUAAAGAGUGGACGACACAUUCAGGUUAAAAUAGAGUACGAUGGUUCGAUUAGCAUGCUUCAUGUCUCUCUCGGAUACCCUGAAAGUCAGUUAAAGAGCGUUCUUAGCCUUGCAAUUGAUCUGCCGAAUAUAGUGCCAAGCACCGUUUAUGUUGGUUUCACAGCUUCAACUGGCAAAAGCUUGCCUGAAAGCCAUGAAGUCCUGAACUGGGUGUUCACAUCAGCACCUUUGCCCUUGAGUUCCAAUAAAACCAGCAAAAACGAGACCACUAAGACCAUUCUGAUCAUUGUCAUACCCAUUUUUUUGGUCACUUUGGCAAGCUCAGUUCUAUUUAUUUGGCAUACUUUGAAGAAAGGAAAGAAGACUGAGAGGAGUGACAAGCAGGAUGAAAUAGAAUGCUUAUCAAUGACAGCUCCAGACAUCCCCAAAGGGUUCUCUUUCAGGCAAUUGUAUGUGGCUACUAGCAGCUUCUGCAAGGAGAAUCUGUUAGGAAGAGGUGGAUUUGGUUGUGUUUAUAAAGGCCUCCUAUUAGAUCCUCCCAAAACCAUAGCAGUCAAGAAGAUUUCUGCAAACUCUAAACAAGGUGAAAGAGAGUAUUUUGCUGAAAUAUGUACCAUAGGUCGGCUUAGGCAUAAGAACAUAGUACAACUACUAGGGUGGUGCCAUGAAGGUGAAUAUCUUCUCUUAGUGUAUGAGUACAUGCAAAACGGAAGCUUGGAUCACUUCAUAGGCAAGGACAUUCUGAACUGGCAAACAAGGCACAAGAUAUUAGUAGGAAUUGCAUCAGCAUUACUCUACCUUCACGAAGAGUGUGGAAACCCUGUUGUUCACAGGGAUGUUAAACCGAACAACAUAAUGCUAGACUCGGAUUUCAACGCUCAUCUGGGAGAUUUUGGCCUGGCAAGAUUACUUCAGGAUGAAGAAUCAGUAAUCACAAAUCUCGCUGGAACUCCUGGAUAUCUGGCUCCGGAAGUAGGCUUCACGGGAAAAGCCACCCCAGAAUCUGAUGUGUACAGUUUUGGUAUGGUAGUGCUUGAAGUAGUGUGUGGAAGAAGAUCAAAAAGCACAACGGCAGAGAACAGUUUGGUGGACUAUGUUUGGAACAUGCAUAGUGAGAAUGCAUUGAUGGAGUGUGUGGAUGCACUAUUAAGAGAUCAGUUCGAUGAGGAAGAAGCUAGACGGGCAUUGAUGGUUGGGUUGGCAUGUUUGUAUCCAGAUUCAGUUUUUAGGCCAAAGAUGAGAAAAGUGGUGCACAUUUUGCUCGACCCAAAUGAGCCUCUAAUGGAGUUACCAGGAGUAAGACCUUGUGGAGUUUAUGUAUCAUCAGUUUCUUCGUCUACUUCAACCUCGAACUUUGGCUCCAGAUCAAGUUCUUAUCCAUUUCCUCUGCUUCAGUUGGCAACAACAUCUUCAGAUGAAAUUACAAUCGUGUACGAUCAACAGUGA